CUGGUGUUGUUCUACCUCAGUCUGGGCAUGCAGCUCAAGGAGGAGGUCACAGUGGAUGUCCUGAAGGCCUACAUCUCUCUGUUGAUGAGGGAGAAGCACGUUGAUCUGAUAGCCUUCUACGUCAGUCACCUGCCGUCAGACCUGGCCACCGCCCAGUACGCUCUCUUCCUGGAGGAGGUCACCGAGGCUGAGCAGAGACAACGCUGUCUGGAGCUGGCCAGGGAGGCAGGUCUGGACGUGGCAUCGGUCACUAAGAUGGUGGUGGAGAACAUCAGAGAGAGAGACACUGAGGAGUUCGCUCAUCAUGACCUCACCCCUGCACUGGACACUGGCACCUCAGCGGAGGACCAGAGGAAGAUCGAUGUGAUUGAUUGGCUGGUGUUUGACCCCGCCCAGAGAGCUGAGGCCCUCAAACAGAGCAACGCCAUCAUGAGGAAGUUCCUGGCCUGUAAGAAACACCAUGCAGCUAAGGUGGUGUUCGGUAAGGUCCCCGAGGACUCCAUGAGGGAGAUCUAUCGCCAGUGGGAGGAGCUAGGCCUGGACACGCCCCUUCCCGCGGAGGAUGAGAACGCCAUCAGGGAACACCUGUGCGUCCGAGCUUACCUGGAAGCUCAUGAGGCGUUUAAUGAGUGGUUCCAUCACAUGAACUCCCCCCCUCAGAAGCCCAGUCUGCCGGCUCAGGCCAAGUUCACCGAGAAGGUGGCCUACGAGAUGAAGGAGAACGAGUACCAGCUGGAACAUGACAGCUGGACCGGCCGUCUGGAGGCUCUGACUGAAGACGUGAAGGAGAGGAUCUACAACGUCCUGCUGUUUGUGGACGGGGGCUGGAUGGUCGAUGUCAGAGAGGUCUGUCUAUUAAUGGAGGGGCUCAGCGCUAGGUUAGCAUGUCAGAGGUCUGUCUAUUAAUGGAGGGGCUCAGCG